AUAUAACACAUUCGCCUGCUGUGUACGAUUGCCACGAGCAUGACGAGAAUAAUUAAUACGCGGACAAACAGCUUGUUAUUCACUCCCGGUAUCCCAGAAUCAGUAUAACAUAAUUUAUCUAUUUAAUAAAGAAUUUUGAUAUAUUUACUUCACGCAUUUCGAAGUUAGUGAAUGUUAGGAAGAGAUCGAGGUAACCGCACCACUCUCAACUCUAUCGUGCAGACAGACGGCAUUUAUACGUGCAAGCGUGCAUCUGACAUAGCGAACAACUAGAGUUACUAUAAUGAGGAGAAGGGAGAAAGUAGUGUCAGUAUAUAAAGAGUUGGCCGUGACUUUGAAAGCAUCAUAGAAUCUGUUGUACGUUCCACGGACAGAUAUUGCAGAACAGAUAUUGUCACGGAAGUGUUUUCGUCGCGCAAGUUUGCAGAUCAUGAGACUAUUUGUGUUAGUCACUAUGGUGGUCACUGUAUGGGCCUCUUAUGAGGAGGAACACGGCGGUACAACUUAUCACGAAACAUCUAAACCAGUGGAGAUACCAAUCUACAAGAAAUACGCGAUACCAAUUCCCCAUCCAGUCCCCGUUCCGGUGCCUCAACAAAUUAAGGUUCCAAUACCUCAGCCCUAUCAAAUUCAAGUUCCAGUACCACAUCCGGUUCCUGUAGAAGUUAUCAAACACGUCGAAAUACCGAUUGAAAAGCCAGAGCCGUAUGUCGUGGAAAAAAAGGUACCAUACGUUGUCGAAAAACCAUAUCCAGUGACCGUAGAAAAGCAUUUCCCAGUGCCAGUACCUAAACCAUAUCCAGUUCAUGUGCCGGUGUACAAGCAUGUCUUCCAUCAUAAGAGCUCAGGACAUGGCUGGAAGCAUUAAUUCACAAAUCCAGACGAUUCUCUGUAAUAUUAUAUCAUUAUGCUUAAAUUAAUGACAAAAGCGUUACAUAUGCAACAAUAGAUCGUAAGCAUUAUGAUGUUGUGAUGUUGUAUAUAGUU